AUGAGAACCGCUGCUCUCCUGGCAUGCUGCGUGUCGGUCGCAUCUGCCGCGUUUGACUUGAAUCGGGGUGGUGCUGUGCUCAAAGCACCAGCAGGCGACUCGUUUGCCACCGUCACAGGGACUUUUACAGUGCCGAACCUGUCGGGCACCAAUCGACUCUCGAUCUGGGUGGGCAUUGGUGACACACUUGAGCAGGAUAACGUCCUUGGUGGUGGGAUUGUUUAUAACAGUACCCUUAAGAGCUUCUCUGCGUACUUUCCUGGUCCAGUGACGGACGCCACUUCGACUGUUCCUGUUGCAAAUGGUAACUCAAUCACUGUAACUGUCAAUGUGGCUACCGCUGGGGGUACCGUGACCAUCGAGAAUAAGACUCAGAACAAAAGAACGACGCAGACGCUCGCAGCCCCUACCGGCGUGGACCCAUCCGCUUUGACUGCUCUUGCGGCAGACUGGUUCGUCCAGGCAUAUCAAGUAAUUCCAGGUCAGCUGGUGGCCACGCCAAACUUCGGGACGGUAUCUUUUACUGCCGUGACUGCGACGACCAAGAGCGGCGUGAACGUUCCGAUCUCUGGCGCAGGAAGAUAUGAGAUACAAGGAACCAGUGGACAGGUUAGUCAGCUUACAGCGUCGCUCAAUUCGCUCGGCCCGCUCGCGUGGGUGAAGCUCAGCGAGGAGCAGGUAUGCUUCACCAUCAUACCAGAGCAGGGCACACAAGUAUGGGCUGUGCUCUCAAUUGACUCCAUCUUUGAGAGCAUCAGCGUGCAGUCGGCUGCAGAUAAUGUCAUUAACCUCGAAGUUCCGCUCGCGUCGCUGAAUCGCGCCCUCAAGUCAGCGUUCAAUGCCACGUCGGCCCAGAUACGCCUCACCAAGAAGGACAACCUGCCCGUGCUCGCUCUUACCGUCACCACUACCCCGUCCUCGAACACGUAUAGCGCCUUCCCUACUACUUCAACCAAUGAGGACGACGACGACGACGAUGAGUACGGCGACGACGAUGACGAUGGCUUCGAUGCCGCCUUCGACAACGAAUUCGGUGGAGGCAACCGCGAGACCAUCAUCACGCAAGAGAUACCUAUACGUGUGCUUGCUCCGGAUACGGUAGCCCAUCUGCAUGAGCCUGUCUGCAGGGAGCCCGACGUGCACAUCAUACUGCCGCCCUUGAUGCAACUGAAAAGCAUCAGCGACAGGUUCACCAAACUAGCGCUGGCAGACACCACCAAGGCAAGCAGUGCGACGACCGCAGCGAGAACCCGCCUAGAUGUCUCUGCCAAUAUGCACGGAUGCCUCAAGAUAAGCAUUAGAUCUGACGCCAUGAACAUAUCUUCCAUCUGGACCGAUCUCAGCAACCCGGAGCUAGACCCUGGCCACGUCGCUGGCGGCGAGGACGGCGUUGCUGAACACCCGAGCACGCGUAUGAAGCAGCUAGGGUCGGCCGAUGGGCGUAGCGAAGAAGGGUGGGCCACAGUGAGGAUUGACGGGCGGGAUUGGGGCAAGGUCAUGAGCGUGGGCAGACUGGGCGGGCGGGUCAUUGCUUGUAAGUUUCACGAAGCCCACUUCUACCAGCAUGCUAAUACUCCAAAAUGCUUCUGUCACGAGCAUGCACUCAUUCUCUACGUGUACUUGCCCAACGAUAAUGGCGAGGACGAGUCAGUCUUGACGUACUUCAUCAGCUCCUACAGCGCAUAG